AUGAACGGUUGCCAAGGAAACCCCAGAGACGGAUCAGUCCUCCCUGUUGGCAGCAUUGAAACUCGUACAUUUCCAGCAGUUGUAUCUCCUGUUUUGGCAACCCACGCCCUCAAUUUGGCUAUUUCUGAUUUGAAAGCCAAUCCACCUCGUUUCAAUUCCGGAAUUCUACGUCUCCAGGUGCCAAUCCAACAACAAAUUGAAGCAAUUGAUUGGCUGCAUGCACAAUCACAGCACCAUAUAGUUCCACGUUGUUUCUUCUCUGGUCGAAGACAGAGAAAAGACGAGAGUGAUGUUUUCAGUUUCAGAGGGUUGAUCAAUGGAAAUGGGUAUCAAAAUAGCGCAAUAUCCAACGACCUGCUGAGCGUAGCUGGUGUCGGGGGUGCUGUCCUCUUCAGGAAUGUCCAUCCAUUCUGUUACAAAGACUGGAAGUCCAUAAAGAGGUUCCUCUCUGCCAAAUGCCCAUUCAUUCGUGCUUAUGGGGCUAUACGCUUUGAUGCAAGCUCUAAAAUAUCAUCUGAAUGGGAAGCUUUUGGCUCGUUUUACUUCAUCAUCCCUCAGGUUGAGUUGGAUGAGCUUGAAGGACGUUCAAUGCUUGCCACAACUAUUGCAUGGGAUAAUGCACUUUCAUGGACAUGGGAACAGGCUGUUGAUGCAGCUCAGGCUACUAUGACUCAGAUUUCUUCAACUGUGGUGAAGUUAAAUAAAGAAGUUACUAGAUCAUUCAUUCUAAGCAAUAAUCACAUUCCCAACAAGAUGUAUUGGGAUCUUGCUGUUGAGAGAGCUUUGCAAAUCAUCAACGGAAGCAGCUCGCCACUUACUAAGGUUGUACUUGCGCGUAGCAGCAAAGUUGUAAUUGCUAAUGAUGUUGACCCUAUAGCAUGGCUGGCUUGUCUACAGGUUGAAGGAGAAAAUGCUUAUCAAUUUUGUCUUCAGCCACCCAAUGCACCAGCAUUUAUUGGGAACACGCCAGAGCAACUAUUUCACAGAAAUCGACUUGGAAUAAGUAGUGAGGCUAUGGCUGGAACCCGUGCUAGAGGUGAAUCGAUGGCUCUAGAUCUUCAAAUACAACUUGAUCUACUUUCCAGUCGCAAGGACCAUCUGGAGUUUACAAUUGUACGAGAUAACAUAAGACAAAAAUUAGAGGCUGUAUGUGACAAGAUAGUUGUUGAACCAAACAAAGCGGUAAGAAAAUUCCCUAGAGUUCAACACUUGUAUGCUCAAUUGGCAGGCAAGUUAAGAAGUGAAGAUGAUGAGUUUGAUAUCUUGUCUUCUCUUCACCCUACUCCAGCAGUUUGUGGAUUUCCAGCAGAAGAGGCUAGACAUUUAAUUGCAGAAACUGAAGUAUUUGAUCGAGGGAUGUAUGCUGGGCCUGUUGGUUGGUUUGGAGGAGAAGAAAGUGAGUUUGCUGUUGGCAUCAGAUCAGCGCUGGUAGAAAAGGGUCUUGGUGCAUUGAUCUAUGCUGGGACUGGGAUUGUAAAAGGCAGUAAUCCAUCUUUGGAAUGGGAUGAACUGGAACUAAAGACAUCACAGUUCACCAAGCUGCUUAAAUUUGAGGGCCCAUCAAGACCAAAAACAGAACUCAGGAAUGAUCAAAUGACAAGUUCCAUAUCAUACUGUGGCAUAAUUGAAUUACGUGUCCCUUCUACUCUCAAGAAGUCUCGAGUUUUAACCCCAGGCAUUCAUGCUUGCACAUAA